UGUAUUUUUGACAUUAGAGGGAGGACUAGUGCCCCAUCAUUGGUAUCAGUGGGAGGAAUAGUGCCCCAUCAUUGGUAUCAGUGGGGGAAUAGUGCCCCAUCAUUGGUAUCAGUGGGAGGAAUAGUGCCCCAUCAUUGGUAUCAGUGGGAGGAAUAGUGCCUCAUCAUUGGUAUCAGUGGGAGGAAUAGUGCCCCAUCAUUGGUGUCAGUGGGAGGAAUAGUGCCCCAUCAUUGGUAUCAGUGGGAGGAAUAG